AUUAGAUAUUUUCCUUUAGAUCUACAGUACCUCAACGUAAUAAUGGCAACUCCCUCAGCAGUCAGCACUCAUUUACACCGUCAGAUCUCAACAUAUCUCGAUCUGAAACAAUCCAUCAUACACAAACUUCCAUACAUCGCAACACAGUAAUAAAUCCCAAAGCCCUAACUGUUUACAAUAAUUAGCUUCGUUGUCUUCUUUAUUCCAAAAGAUUUGCAGAUUAUUUUGACAAAGCCCAAAAAAAAAAAAAAAAAAAAAAAUCCGAAAUGGAAAACGUGAGUAAUGGAUUUGUCAUCAUUCAUUCUCACCGUCCUUAAUCUCUGAAAGUUGAUUUCGAAUUUUGAGGAAGUUAUGGCUAGUUCGAAGAGAGUACCGUGCGAUUUCUGCGGCGAGAGAACGGCGGUUUUGUUUUGUAGAGCCGAUACGGCGAAGCUGUGUUUGCCUUGUGAUCAGCACGUGCACACAGCGAAUCUCUUGUCGAGGAAGCACGUGCGAUCUCAGAUCUGCGAUAAUUGUGGUAACGAGCCAGUCUCUGUUCGGUGCUUCACCGAUAAUCUCAUUUUGUGUCAAGAGUGUGAUUGGGAUGUUCACGGAAGCUGUUCAGUUUCCGAUGCUCAUGUUCGAUCCGCCGUGGAAGGUUUUUCCGGUUGUCCAUCGGCGUUGGAGCUUGCUGCUUUAUGGGGACUUGAUUUGGAACAAGGGAGGAAAGAAGAAGAGAGUCAAGUUCCGAUGAUGGCGUUGAUGAUGGAGAAUUUUGGGAUGCAGUUGGAUUCAUGGGUUUCGGGAUCUAAUGAAUUGAUUGUUCCCAGUGAUACGAUGUUUAAGAAACGUGGAUCUAGUUGUGGGAGGUAUAAGCAGGUGUUGUGUAAACAGCUUGAGGAGUUGCUUAAGAGUGGUGUUGUUGGUGGUGAUGAUGAAGAUGGUGAUGGUGACCGUGACCGUGACUGUGACCGUGAGGGUGAUUGCGAUGGAGAUGGAGAAGCAGGAGAGGGGCUUAUGGUUCCGGAGAUGUCGGAGAGAUUGGAAUGGUCAAGAGAUGUAGAGGAGAUGAAUGGCGGAGGAGUUAACCAGCAACCUUUGCAGUGGAAUGCUACUACUAAUCCUAGUGGUGGCCAGAGUUCUCAGAUAUGGGAUUUUAACUUGGGACAGUCACGGGGACCUGAGGACACUAGACGAAUGGAAGCUGCGGAUGUAACCAAAGGUGCUGCUUCAUUCACAAUCAACAAUUUUGUUGACCAUAUGAAUGAAACUUGUUCCACUAAUGCGAAAGGUGUCAAAGGGAUUUGCAAGGAUGACUACAAGCGAUCAACUUCAGGCCAGGUACAACCAUCAAAAUCUGAGAGCAACAAUCUUCCAAUUACCUUUGGCUCAGAGAAAGGUUCGAACUCCUCCAGUGACUUGCAUUUCACGGAGCAUAUUGCUGGAACUAGUUGUAAGACCACCAGACUCGUCGCAACUAAGGCUGAUCUGGAGCGGCUGGCUCAGAACAGAGGAAAUGCAAUGCAGCGUUACAAGGAAAAGAGGAAGACACGCAGAUAUGAUAAGACCAUAAGGUAUGAAUCGAGGAAGGCAAGAGCUGACACUAGGUUGCGUGUCAGAGGCAGAUUUGUGAAGGCUAGUGAAGCUCCUUACCCUUAAGUCUCUUCACAUAGGUUUCCUUUUAGCUACAAAGUUAGUUACUUUUUUUACUUCCACUGCCUCGUAAAUGUAUAGACGGGUCUUGUUUCAUUUGGCCGCCCUUUUCUGUUUUUUUGCCUUAUCUGGCUCCUUUAUGUACCUUGGAAUCUUAUCUAGUUGAAAAAGGAUUGUAACCUUCUAGAAAGCAAUAUUCUGUUGACUGUAUAUACUUGUCUAUCCAAGCA